AUGUUGUUCUCCAAGACCAUUUCCUCCGCCGUCGCCAUUGCUUUGGCCACCAUCGCCACAUCCUUUGUCGAAGCCUCGCCUAUCCGCAUUCCCGAGGGCCUCGUUGCCCGCUCGGUCGAGUCCGCUGCCGCUGACGCUUCUGCCGCUGCCUUUGUCCCUCUUAGCAAGAGAUCUUGGACCGCCGAAGAGAUUGAAGAGCACCAUCAAUGGGUCAAGCGCUCUAGUGCUGGAAUCAAUGACUGGAGCUGCGUCCCUGCUGCUGGCAAGCUCCCCAUCGUCCUUGUUCAUGGCCUGAUCGCCAACAAGGACGACAACUGGAUCUACAUGGGUCCCCGCUUGAAGGCUUCUGGAUACUGUGUGUACAGCUUUACCUACGGAACUCUCCCCGGGAUCUACCUCAUUGCCGGUCUGGACAAGAUGGAGAACGGCGCUGCCCAGAUGUCGGCCUUUGUCGAUAAGGUCCUAGCUGCGACCAAGGCCACCAAGGUUGAUCUGGUUGGUCAUUCCCAGGGUUCGCUCAUGCCCCGUUACUACCUCAAGUUCUUGGGCGGUGCCGCCAAAGUUAACAAGUUUGCGGCCUUUGGAACGAUUGCCUAUGGAACCACUUUGAGUAGUGUUGUUCCUUUCUUGACCUCCCUCGGUUUGUAUGAUCCCAUCUAUAAGAUCCUCGACCCAGUCUGCGCAUCCUGCUUCCAAUUCCUCAUCGGUUCCGACUUCCUCAACAACCUGAACGCCGGCGGAGAUUCUGUCCCUGGAGUCCAGUACCAGUUCAUCGCCUCCAAGUACGACGAGAUCGUCACCCCUUACACCAACGGCUUCUUGCGUGACAACAACCCUGCUGUCAAGAACGUCGUCCUCCAGGAUCUUUGCAGCCUCGACGUCAGCGAGCACGCCCUCCAGAUGCUGGAUCCCAUCGUCUUCCACAAGAUCCUCGCCUUCCUCUCCCCCUCCGCCCCCCAGACCGUCAACUGUCUCUCUGCCCUCUCCUAA